UUAUCGAUUUUCGGCUCCGUAACUUGCGCCGUGAAGUGGCCCGAGUUUCGAGGGAAAAUUGGCAAUCAUUUCCCUUAACUAACGAACGUUUGCAGCCUGUGCCAUGAGUGAGGGAGGUGGACCACCACCGCCAGCGGUUCGCCACCGGAAGAAGAGUGCCGGCGAUGGUGGCCCGCGACAAAACCGUAAAUCCAAGUUUAGUUCCGGUGCUGGCACCGGUGGCUCCUCACCGUCCGUUGCCCAGCAACAUCAGAUGUGGGCCCGCGUCGUGCUGAUGAUAGCCAUCGCAGCAAUCGUCUACUUCACCACAUUCCGGACGCGCGAGAAGAAGUUUGCGACACAGCGGGAGGUGCUUGAGCUGCGCUCGCAACCUCUCGACUGCUCCCGGCCGUAUCUGGAGGAGAUCUCAAAGUACGCCGGCUGCAUACCGGCCCAGUGUGGUCGAUUCGUCAGCGAUAAGAUAGUGUCGGCGGCCGAGGCUGGCAUUCUGCUCGAUCUUGCCCGGGCCGGCUUCGAGCACGGCCAAUCGUCCGGUGGUGCCUCCAUACUGGACCUACACUCGGGCGCGCUCUCGCAGGGCACGCAGUUUGUUAACAUUUAUCGACUCCCGGAGGCACGGCGCAUCUUCACCGCACAGCACAUCAACGUGUACCGGCACGUGAAGGAGAAGGUACGGCAAGCGGUGGCCGACCAUUUCCGCCUUUCCGUCGAUGCGCUGCACCUAACGCACCCGACAUUCUUCUCUCGCCUUACGAACGGGACGGCUAAAACGAUCCACGACGAGUACUGGCAUCCACACGUGGACAAAGAAACGUACAGCUCGUUCCACUACACCACGCUCCUCUAUCUGACCGACUACGGGAAAGACUUUACCGGUGGUCGGUUCGUGUUUAUCGACAGCGAGGGCAAACACAAUCGCACCAACGUGUACAUCGAGCCACGGCGGGCCCGUGUCAGUGGGUUUACGUCCGGCGCCGAAAAUAUGCAUCACGUGGAGCAGGUUACCGGAGGGGUGCGGUUUGCUAUCACGAUUUCCUUCACCUGUGACCCCGAACACGCGAUGGGCGAUCCCAAGAUGGCCCUCGUCGAGCAGGAUGAUGAUGAGAAUGGCGGUGCACCAGACGACGGUAAUCAGACUGUCCCCUGAGAUAAGGCUGGAACCGUUACCAACUCCGCAGCCAGUGCUAGCACCACCACCGUGUUGGUCAUUCGGACGCUAGAAGAGUUCAGUGCGUGAGCAUUCCAUAGUGAUGUGCCACGUAUCCAUCGCCAUCACCAGCACCAGUCAGCAGAAAGAGUGCCACUGAAACAGUAUUUCAUUUGUAGUUCAAUUUGCUUUCAAGUAGCAACCUUUUUUUAAAUAUCAAUCACGUUUCGCCGUGAUAUAGAUACUAGUAGCAGCAGCAGCAGGCUGAGGGUUGUGCCGCAAAAACCAACGUAGUGGUAUCCUAUGGUUACAAAGCAAUAUAAACUGUAUGUAAUUUUAAACGCAUUCGUGUAAAGCACGCAUAUUGAAAUUAAAUAAAGUAAAACAACACUCACACAGUAUAA